UCUCACUGCACUCCUCCACAGCUGCGAGACAUUCAGCGCUCUCCCUCUUUGAGUGGCCCCGCAUCAGCACCGGACAAAGGACUCUGAAACAUAAAAGCAAUGUCCUCGAGACUGUUGUCUUAGUUAACCCAUCGGGAGACACCGUUGUUUCAGAGAUCCAAUCUCUUGUUGCUGACCCAGCUGCAAACAAACUCCUGGUCCUGAGUGGACAAAGCUCGGACCAAGGUGACCUACUUCUUCAAACUGGAGGGUUCGGCUAUCGGAAAGCGUCACAUAUCUUCACUGACUUUGGGGUCAGUGGUCUCUCAGGAACAUUACCCCCAGAGCAGCGAGCCACCCUCACUGUGUUCUGCCGAGGGGAGGUGGGCUGGAGCUCCUUGGGGCAGCAACAACAUCUUCGGGAGGUUCUGGACUACAGGCUGAACCCUGAGCCCACGCUCCCAAAAAUGGAGGGCGUCACUGAGUUCACAGAGUACAUCUCUGAGACUGUAGAUGUUCCAUCUCCCUUUGACCUUCUGGAGCCUCCAACCUCAGGGGGGUUCCUGAAGCUGUCCAAACCCUGCUGUUACAUCUUCCCCGGUGGAAGAGGCGAUUCUGCUCUGUUCGCAGUCAAUGGGUUCAACAUCCUGAUCGAUGGUGGUUCGGACAGGAAAUCAUGUUUCUGGAAGCUAGUUAGACACUUAGAUCGGAUCGACUCUGUCCUUCUCACCCAUAUUGGAGCUGAUAACCUUCCGGGUAUCAAUGGUCUCCUUCAACGAAAAAUCGCAGAACAAGAGGAGGAGCAGUCACAGGGCUCAACCAAUUACAGUGACUGGAUGAAGAAUCUGAUCUCACCAGAGCUUGGUGUUGUGUUCUUCAAUGUACCUGAGAAACUGCGCACAUCGGAAUCCAAUUUAAAAGUGAAGCGAAGUAUUGAGGAGGCUUCCCUUACACUGCAGCACCUUAGCAAACUCGGAAUCAAACCAGAACCUCUGUUUCGAGUUGUCAGCAAUACAAUAGAACCCAUUACACUCUUCCACAAGAUGGGGGUGGGUAGAUUAGACAUGUAUGUCCUGAACCCUGUGAAAGACAGCAAGGAGAUGCAGUUUCUAAUGCAGAAGUGGGCUGGGAACAGCAAAGCCAAGACUGGGAUAAUCCUUCCCAAUGGAAAGGAGGGAGAAAUAUCUGUCCCAUACUUAACGUCUGUCACCGCCCUUGUGGUAUGGCUUCCUGCGAGUCCGACAGAGAAGAUUGUAAGAGUUCUGUUUCCUGGAAAUGCUCCACAAAACAAAAUUCUAGAAGGCCUGGAGAAAUUAAAGCACCUUGACUUCUUAAGAUACCCAGUUGCCACACAAAAGGAAAUUGCAAGUGGUGCUCCUCCCUCAGCAGUUAAACAGACAAAAAUGAGGUCAAGGGCUGACAGUAAAGAAAGUCUCAAGUCAUCACCGAAGCCAUCAUCCACGAAGGCUCCUAAAAAAGAUGCUGAUGGACAAGAAGAUGUUACAAGUUCUGACACAAAGGUUGAGACUGUAAAAGACAACAAAACUGACAAACAAGAGGAGAAGGUGAGUGAAAAACCUUCCAAGACAUCAAAGACCAAGACUGAUGGAACAGAAAAGAAAAAAAUCCUCAAAGACAAAUCUCUGAAAAAACACACCAAGGUGUCCAAGAUGGAUGAAAAGAAAGACAAAGAAAAGAAGGAAAUUAAGAAGCUGAAGAAAGAUGACUCUUCUAAAAAAGAUGACAAAAAAGAGAGCAAGGCCAAGGGAAAAGAUCCUUCUAAGCCUGAGCUAAGGAAAAUAACCAAACCGGACUUGAAGCCCUUUACACCAGAGGUGAGGAAAACCCUCCAUAAAGCAAAAGUGCAAGGUAAACCCAAAGCCAAGGCAAAAGUACCAAAAGGGGAGCCUACUGCCAAGGUUGCUGCUCCAGUAAUCCAGCCAGAAGUACAACAGAAUGGCUUGGAAGAAGAAAGAUCAACGUACUCUACUGCAGAGGAUCUUACCAGGGACUUUGAAGAAAUCAAAGAAAGUGACGUUGAAGCAACAGUGCCAGACGAAGCAGAAAAAGCAGAAGUUGAAGCAGAGGAAAAAUCCCCAGAGACAUCUGCUGAGCCAGAUGAAGACACCGUGGCUCCCACUUCACAAACAGAAGAGGAGAAAGCAGAGGAGGUACCUGAAGCCACAGUUGAGGUCUCAACAUCUCGCAAGGGUUCCAUACAGGAAGACAGCAAGGUGGCAGCAACCGAGGGGAAGGAGCAAGUCAAGGAGCAGGCAGAAACUGCAGCUGAGGGUGAUUCAAAAGAAAGUGACAAAUUUGAAGAUGAAGGUACUGCUAUUGAGGAUGAAGAGGAAGAUGAGCCAGAGGAGGAGGCACCAAAGGUUCAGCGAGACAGAAUGGAAGAGGAGGAAGACAUGGGAAUAGGAGAAGAGGAGGAUGAAUGUAAGGAAACAAAAGAAGAAGGAGAGUCUGCAGAUAGAAAACAUGAACUUGAAGAAAUGGAGAAAACUGAAAAAUUUAAGGCUUUAGAAGACAAAGACACUCAUGAGCCUGAUAUGGAAAAAGAUGAUGACGAAGGUGAUUUUAAAAGGCCCAAACUUGCAGAGGCUGAGGAUUUGGACGCCAUUGCUGAUGAAGAAGUCACAACUGAAGAGCCUGCCACCAAGGAGUGGGAGAGCAAGACUACUGCAGAGGCUCCUGGAACAAAGGCAGAGGAUGCAUACCUGCCCAGUGUUGAGGGUGCAACUGCAAGUUUUCCACCUGCUGUUCAAGGGGCUAUUGCUGCUACAGUUGCUGCUGCUGCAGAGAACAUUUCCUACAUCCAGGAUGAGACCAUUCCAGGCUACUCUGAGACUGAGCAGACCAUUUCAGAUGAGGAGAUUCAUGAGGAGGCUGAGGACAGAAUACCACACCUGCAGUAUGAUGACAUCUCUGUACCAGAUCGCACAGGUUCCUUUGACACUGUCCAUGGAAUGAAAGAGAUCCAAGCAACAAUUCCUGGUGUAAUAUCCAAAGGAUUUAUUCAGGAGCCAAUUCUCUCUCCUUAUACGAACAUUGCAGCCCCGUUGGCUGAAGAGGAGCAUGUGUCCUCAGCAACGUCAAUCACAGAGUACGAUAAACUAUCAUCCUUCCCUACCUCUAUUGCAGAGGAUCAUUCUGUAGCCUCAGUCACAACUGGUCAGACUGAAGAAACUGGCAGAAGUUCUGUGGUCCUUGACACUGUUAACAGUGCGCUUCCCCUAGCCCAACCUGACACUGCACAAGGCAAGGACUAUCUGCACUCUGCUGGAACCAUCUCUCCAACAUCUUCAUUGGAGGAUGACAAAGGCUUCAAGUCUCCUCCAUCAGAGGAAUGUUCACCUAUUGCUCUGGAUGUGAAGGCUACUGGUAAGGAGCAUGAGGAAGAAGAGGAGGAGGAAGAAGACCAAACUCCCAAUGUUGACAUCCCACUUGCCAAGCUACAAGAGGGCUAUGCUGCUCCAGCCAUGCUACAGGACAACAAAAAAGACUCAGAUAUGCCUCCCGUGUCUACUGCUAAAGAGUCAAAACCAGAUAUAAUACCUGGAAAGGAGGAACCAACACUUGCUCUUUCCAAAGAGGAGACAAUGAUUGAGUCAUCAACAAAACCACUGUCUCCACCACUAUCAUUCUCUAAAGCAUUAUUGUCAGAGUCUAGUGAGGGUGAGGAAAGAUGUUUCAGCCCAGAUGACAGCACUGUGAAAAUGGCUUCCCCAACUCAGUCUGGACCCUCCAGUGCAGCUCAUUCACCUGUCCAUCAGUUGCCUGGUGAUGAGAAAGUGAGGUCUUUGACAGAUCAAGAACAUUUCCCACAAGAGAAACCCAUUGAAAAACCUACAGAACCUGCAAAAGAAGACAUUCAUAAAGACGAUAAGCAUGACCUAGAAACCCAGCCAUCACCCCAGGAAUCUGAGGCUGACAAAUCACCUUUGGCUGCUGAUAAAGAUAAGACCUCAGUCUCUCCUGUGGAGAGCCCCUCAGGAAAAGAAGAAUCACUCCCUUCAACACUGCCGCCUGUCAGUGGACAAGAGACCCCUACAACAGACAAGGAGCAACCAGAGGACAGUGAAUCUAAAGAUGUUUACAUGGAGAAAACCAAGUUUGACCCGGGUGAUGUUGAGAAGAACAAGACUGAGGAAAGGGAUUUUGCUGCAUGUAGUGAGGCAAAGAUUAUUGAAGGGAAAGAGAGCAGAUUUCUGGAUGAUGAGUAUGAUGAUGACACCCAAGAGAUUAAAUCUAUGAAAGAAAUGGAGGAGAAGAAAGACAAAGAAAAAGAACAUGACAAAGAGGAGAAAGAGGUAGAGGAGAGAGGUGACAUUGAGCCUGAACCCCAAACUGCAGUUGAAAAAGAGAUCUUAAAAUCAGGAAAAACUGAAGAACAACUGGACGCGAAAUUAGAAACAACCCCUGCUGCUGCAGAACCACCAGCAACAACCAAACAAGAAGUAAUUCCACAAAAGGAGUCAGAAUUGGAAGAAAAAGACAGAAAGGUUCAAUCAACAACAGAAAUGGUAACAGCAGUCAAAACAGACACUAUAUCUGAAGGCGAAAAAUUGGAUGGCGACACUGUGUCAAAAGAUGUUCCAGUGAAAUCUACUGAAUCUACUGAAACUGAACAAGCAGCAGCCCCUGAGACUGUAGAAAAGCCCUUGAGUAAAGAUGCAAUUGUAGAGGACAAGAAGAUGGAAAUCGAACCGCCACCUCAGCCUGUCUCUCCUAAAAUGGAUGAGGCUGCAGGAGUUGACAGCACGUCUCCCAUCACUUUGCUAAAAGAGGUCUUGCCACCUUUUAAACUUGAGAGCACAGUAGACAUCACACUAUAUGCAGCUGAAUCAGCAAGUCUGCCUUCAAAACCAGAUGCAGUUGAGGAGAAAAGUGUGGAUGAGCCCCUGCAAAAGAAAACAGAACCAGAACCAUGUUUAACAGUUGAGCAGCCAAAACAAGCCAUGGAACAACCAAAACCAGAUCAAAAAAUGGAAGAGAAGAAACUGACGGAAUUCACCCCAGAAAAGUCCGACAAGAAAGAUGAAGAAGAAUCUCCGAAAGAUAUAUCUACUGAAGCAGAACAGCAGAAACGUGAGGAGAAACGACUGGAUGAAUCCACAGAAGCUUUAAAAGAAUCACUGUCUGCAGCAGAUGAAACAGUGACUUCCAAAGUAACUAAAGAGAAUGCAGAUUUGAAGGAUGACACUCAAGACACCUUGCCCGUAACUCAAAAGGCUGAUGUGACCAUAAUGAAAGCUAAAGAAACUACAGAGGAACCAGUUAUGGAAGAUCAAAAAGUUCCUAGUGCAAUGGACACAACCAUCAAAGUAGAUACUGCUUCUGAAAUAAUCCCCCCAAAAGACAUCCCAUCACAGGCAAAACAAGAAAGCAAGGCAGAAAUUGUGCCUGAAAAAGCAAGUAUACCUUCAGAAUCAAAGGACACGGAUAUACAUUUGGAACCAACAAAGCCAGCAGACAUGGCAGCAAAGGCAAUUGAAAAAACUGAAGAAAAGCAACCCGAGAAAUUAGAAGCCACAUCUAAGUCAGAUAUGACACAGAAAGCGGAGACUACACAAAAGGAAAAAUCAACUGAUCAAGAACCUAAAAUUGAGGAUAAGGAGUCAGACACUGUGUCCACAGCCAACGAGCAAAAAGCAGAAAUAGAAUCUGAUGUAAAACAACUUGAGGAGACAGCUGUGAAAGAUCAGGAUAAGUCUGCUUUGGAUAAGGAGGAUGCACAAAAAACUCAAUCAGUACCUGAUAAACCAGAUGUGUGCACAAAACAAGAUUUGGCAGUUUCAGAUGAGGACAUUUCCAAAACUGUUGUGGAACCAGAAUUAUAUUUAGAAUCAACUGAUUCAUGUGAAAAAGAAACAACGACAAAAAAAGAUGCCUCCGUUAAACCUGAAGUAGUAACAGAAGGAAAAAAAGUAGAGUCACCUCCAGAGGAAGAUAAAAGCCAGAAGGAGAGCCCUAAAUCAGAUAAAACAGAUGAACCACUCAGUGUUUCACCAACUAUGGAAGGAAAAGAGGAAGAUAUGGAACUGUCUCAGCCCACAGAGGGCAAGGAGGGACUAAAAGACAUCCUACCGGCAGAUAAAAAAGAGUUAGAAGUGUCCCCCAAAGCUGACAGUCAGAGUAGCCAGGAAGAUAUCGGGUCAGAGUCAGAAGCUGCAGGCAUGGCACCAGGAGAUAAAAAGAAAGAAGACACACCAAAGCAUGGAGAAAGUGAGCAGUUAGAUUUGAAUUCAAAUCAAUUAUCAACCUCAAAAGAGGAAUCUGGGAAAACUGAAACAACAAAGGAGAUAGAUUCAAAACAGCUUCUAGCAGGUGCAACUUCUGACUUGGAUUCAGAAGCCAAAGUAAAAUUGGACUUAGAAUCAAAAGAAAAGAAAUCUGAAGAGGCAUGCAAACAGUCACCAGAGCAUACCCCUGAAAAAGGGCAGAUGUCUGACUCUGCCUCAGGAAGUCAGAGCACAGAGAGCACCCAGUCAAAAACCGAAGAAGAAGAUCAGGUUAAGCCUUCUGAUAGGGUUAUAAUUCAGGACAUUUGCUCUAGUGAAGUUGCCUCAAGAAAACUCUCAGAUGAACCCGUCACAUCCAGUUCAGUGUGUUUGUCUGAAGACACAUAUCUUGCACUCUCUUCAAAGGAAGAAACCGUCCAACGAAAAAGUAGCUCGGACAAAGUUGAUGUGCCUUUGCCAGUUGCGAGUGAAGAAGAAGAAGCUUCAACUCAUGUGGAUGCCAAAGAAUUAAUCAAAGACUCGACUACACUAACACCUGAAAUGGCAGAAACGAAAGAGACCCCAGCCCAGUCUCUCUCUUCUGAAGACUCCAGCACAAAGCCUGCUGUGGUCAUUUCCCAUUCACCGACAGCUGAUAAACCAACCACUGACUCCACUUUGCUUAGUAUUGAUAGCCAGUCCAGUGAUGAGGUGCAGUCUCAACCUGGAAGCUUGCCCUCAUAUGAUGAUGUCAGCAAAACUGAUCCAUCUCGAGGUGGAGAGAAAGCCACACUCAGUACAGACAAAGAAGCAAAAGCUAAAGAAUCCGAGCGGGAAAUGGAGGUAGAACGCGAAGUAGCCUCUCCAGGACUGACACCUUCCCCCUCAUAUUUCCAGAAAACUGAUGAUUCUAACAAGGAUGAGGACAAAAAAUCAUCUCGUCUGGACUCUGAAGAGCUGGACAGCAUGGGCUUUCCCAUAGAAAGGAAGGAGCCCGAAGUGUCUAAAUAUGAGCCAUACGAAAAGCCCGUCUCCAAAGACCAUGACAGGGAUUCAACAGAGGAGGACACUUAUCCUCUUGAAGACAGUAAAUGUGCAGGUGGGGAGAUGGAUGACAACAGGAGACUGAGUCCAUCAGAACUCGGUGCUGCAUGUAACAUAGAUGAAAUAAGUGAGGUGGAGCCCGUGUCAUUCAGUAAAGUAGACUACCACGCAUACUCACUGAAGGACCAGACCUUUGUUGAGCGGGAGACGGUAGAGAAAGGUCAAGAGGAGGAGUUUGAAAGAGAAGUGAGAGCAGCUGAGGCCGCAUCUUCUUCAGGAUUUACUCCAGGGGCACAAGCGGUAGAUAAAGAAAAAGAUAGCAAUAAAGAGAAAGAGAAGGAGAAGGACAAGAGAGCUGAUACAUCACAAGCUCAAGAGGUCCUGGGAUCAUCUACAACUGCAGCAGAAAUCCCAACAAAGGCAGCAGCCACAGACAUUAAAGAUCAGCCUGCUCCAACAAAGCAACCAGCCACUGAUGCCACAGAUCAGUCCAGUGAAAAAGACAAAACAAAAUCAUCUAAGCAAGAGACAGAUGCGCAAUCUACAACAACAGGAAAAGAGAAGGUGGAAGAGAAGGAAGCAGAAAAGUCUCCAUCUUCUGGGGCAACUCCAGGCAAAGAUGUCCUUCCUUCCCAGACUUCAGUAGCGGAGGAGGAUCAAGCUACUACUUCGUCAUCACCAGAACGCUCUGACCAACACAUGGAUGAAAACAUUCUUGCAUCUAACAAAUCUGCAUCUCCUCCACGUAAAUCAUCAUUUGGUUAUGAUGACAAAGGUGCUUCUUUAGCCAGUGGACAACAGAGAAUACUUGCGGAGGAGGAGGAUGUUUGUGAUGACCAGGAAGAAGAUGAUGAGGAAGAUGAAGAGGAGGACGAGGAGGAAAUUAGUGAUGUGGAUGUUGAAAAGGGUGCCAGAGAACAGUCUGAAAAGGAAUCCAAAGCUGCAUCCGAUGAUUUAACCAGUACAAAGCUCUCAGAAACCAAACAAAAGAUAGAUGAUGAGAAGGCUCACGAGAAAGCUUCACAUGAUACUAAGAAAGAUCUUGAGACAGCAUCUUCAAGUGGUGAAACUCAACAGCAGAAAGACACCCCAUCCUCUAGCCAACUUCCAUCUUCGAGCCAACUUCCUGGAGGAUACCUUUCCAUGGAUCAAAGCCAUGCCACAGUUGAACCCUCCCAUGUGGAAGACAGCAAAUCAGACAAGGAAACCCCAGCCUUUUCAGUGCCAAGUUCUGUUUCAUCUGACCUGAAAGAAGAGUGCAGAGAUGCUGGUAAAGCAUCAAAGGACCUGAAACCUCUUGAUGUAUCUACCGACAAGACGGAGUCUUCUUAUGGUGUCACAUCUACAACCCAUUCUUCCUCCUCCUCAUACAGUUAUUCUUCUUCUACCUCUGCCUCCUAUACAAUCACCCAUCAGUUUGCUGAAGAGUUAGAAACUGCUAUUCAUAUGGCCAGUGGUGUCUCGAAGCCAGAGUUAGACAGUGCAUCUUUUGAGUAUUCCUCUUUUAAAGAAGACCCUUCACUUGCAAUAGAUUCCUCCCUUUCACAGAUUAAAGAUGAAUAUAUGGAAGUGUCUGAGAAACUGGCCACUGCUGAAUCCACUUGUAGUCCCGAAGAUAUCAAACCAUUUCCUCCAGCAGUGUCCCCACAAGAAGUUAAACAAGCGCAAUUAUUAUCAGGCAAGGAAACUGACAAGGGACAGUCAUCUGAGUCAUCUGUUUGCAAGGAUAGCAGUGAUGAUAUACCUGCACCAUCUGCAGGCCCAUCUCAUCCUGCCCCCUCUAAGCCAGCACAACCUACAGGAGCAGAAUCCACAUACAAGGCUAUCUUUGAUGUACCCCCUCUGCUAAAGGCUGACGAAUGCUCAGGCAAACAGGAGAAAACAUCUAUGGAAGAGUCUCACACAUUCAAACUCGAGGACACCACUCUGCCAUGCCGAGUUGAAUGUCAAAAAUCUUCAUUCCCCGAAGACAAACCUGGUGCAAUUCCUGUCAAGGAUCAGCAGCAGUCCGAUACCAAGACCUCUGACUCUAUAACUCCGGAUUCCCUGACUGAGAGCUUCCCACCACCACCUCUGCAGUCAGCAGGGACCUCAUCCAGUGGCCCCACCGGUGUCAGCACUAGCUCAAAAGCGGGCACCAGUGGAACUGGCAAGGAUGGAGGGAAAUGUGACACGGCAGCUGUAACAGUACCAACAGCAGCAGAGGAAAAAGAAACGGGGAAGCAAGAGAAGGAGACAACAGAUGGCACGUGUGACACAAAGGGAAAACAGGAGGACAAAUGUGACAAGCCAAAAGAAAAAGAGGCAGAAGCGAAAGAUAAAGAAAAGGAUGGGCAUGUUGAAAAAGAGUUUAAGGACACAGAGAAGCUUGAUAAAAAGCCGGAAGCUGUUCAACCGGCUGACAAACCUGUGGAGAAAGAGAAGCAGAAAGAGGGCGAAAAAGGAAAACCUGAUAAGAAAGAAAAGGAGGAGAGCCUUGGCAUUGCACGGCAUGAGACACCAGAUUCGCAAAAGCAGAGUGCAACAUUCCCAGGAGUUCCUCCGGGCUAUGGUGAUGAUGAUGAUGAACCAGAGGAAGAGGAGGGGGAUGAGGAAGACGAUGAAUACGGAUAUGCUACUGCAUUGUCAAAGCCACCUGCCUCCCCGGUCUCCAUGCCUUCGACACUGCAGGCCACACCACAGCAGGCGUCCAAAAGGUCUGGAGAGGAGACCACCCGACCAUCUGACCUGAGCAUGGAGGCCCUGUCCAGUUACUCCCCGUCAUCAUUCAAGAAGCACAGAGGUGAGCUUUCGCCAUCAUUCAUCAACCCCAGCCCCCAUCCCCUGUCCAGUGAUGAGGGAGACAGAGAGAGUGAGCAUUCCAAGGAUGAGGAGGAUGAUGACGAACGUGAGCAGCACUCUGUCAAACGGCGCUCUCACAAGCAGCAGCGGUCUCACCACACGCACAGUCAUCAUGGGGAUGGCAAAGAUGCCUCGCACGCACCCAGCAGCACGACCACCACAACAACAGGCCAGUCCACUGGGCCUGCAGGAGAAGAGACCCCUCCCACCUCCCUGAGCGAGUCGUUGCCCUCACAGUCCGAUUCUGAUGUGCCUCCGGGGACUGAAGAAUGUCCGUCCAUCACGGCGGAAGGCAACCUGGACUCUGACGAGGAUGCUGAACAUCUCCCGGUGGACAAGCUGUCAGGCGCUCCCGGCGGCGGCAGUGGAGGUGGCAGUGGAGCUGGGGGAACGCACCACUCUUCCUCCCCCGAGUCCUCCAGCAGGACUCCUGACCCCCCUCCCGCUCCCAUGAAGGACCCCGCCCCUCAUCCACCUCGCCCGGACGUGUGCAUGGUCGAUCCCGAGAUGCUGCUGAAUGGGGACGCCAACCUCAAAGAGAAGAUGGUGAAAAAGGAGCUCAAAUCUAAGGGGUUGAGGAAGACCCUUGGGAAGACAAAGUCUGCCUCCCCCGGAAGAAAGGGCGAGGCCAGAAAAAGAUCCACCACUCCUGUCAAGCCGACCUCCAAGGACUCCUCUCCUCGAGCGUCCUCACUGAUACGGAAAGAUACAGAAAGGGCAUCUCGUUUGUCAAGGACGUCUGAAGGUUCUGGCCAGAAACCCAGUUCAGCGGUUCCACCAGGGCCACCCAUCUACGUCGACCUUGCUUAUAUUCCCAACCACUGCAGUGCCAAGAAUGUGGAUCAGGAGUUCUUCAAGCGGGUGCGUGCGGCCUACUAUGUAGUGAGUGGGAACGACCCGGGCAGCGGAGAGCCCAGUCGCUCUGUUCUGGAUGCCCUGCUGGAGGGGAAGUCACAGUGGGGAAACAACCUGCAGGUGACGUUGAUUCCAACCCAUGACACCGAGGUGACGAGGGAGUGGUACCAGCAGACCCACGAGAGGCAACAGGACUUGAACAUCAUGGUUCUGGCCAGCAGCAGCACUGUGGUCAUGCAGGACGAGUCUUUCCCUGCUUGCAAGAUUGAGUUUUAAAUUUCAUCAUUUAUUUCUCUCUCUCUCUCUCUUUCUUUCUCUCUCUCUUUCUCUCUCUCUCUCUCUAUAUAUAUAUUGUUCUUCAUUUCCCCCUUCAUUGGGGUUAGUAGGGGAGCUGCUGCUGCUUCUUCUCUUUUCAGUGUUGUUCCACAGGUUGCCACAUAUUUUGAGCUCUAAUGUUCAUUUACAACGCCACAAGCUAUCUGAUGUUGUUUUUGUUAUAUUUUUUUUCCUCUGACUUCAUAAGUGUUGUUUGCAUCAUUUGAAAACAUCUACAAGGGUUCGACAUGAAAUAAUAACUUGGGGCACAGAAGCCAGAAGAAUGUAUUCUAAAAACACAGACCGGUGUUGUCUGGCAGGCUUUACCACAUGUUAUACAAAAACUCUAAAAAUAGACCUCCUGAAUUGAUACAGUAAAGCCCUGUUUUUCAAUUAGAUAUUAUUAGAAGCACAAGAAUGCCCUUUUACAUGUCUUCAGAUACACAACCUUAUUCCUCACAUUUUGAGGUGUACGUACUGUAUGUUUUCUAUCAACAUGGUUAAGUUACACAGAUUGCAUAUGGCACGUAACAAUGCCUCCAUGCUGUAUGCAAUGUUACAAAUUGUUUAUAGAUACUUGGAGCGGGCCAGCGACGAGUUUUGAGUUGUCUCUGAACUAUUUUUUGCGUGGACAGUUUGCAAACUCCAAAAGUGCCAUUUCUGCCAGUGCAUGUCAAGCCUUGUUAGGGGAUUUGUGUGUGAUUCACUGUCACACAAAUCUGCUUCUGUCUCUCCGGUUAAGUGUGAACUCGCUCCACAUCACGAAAAGAAUAAAUUGCAUAAAUUGCAACUCCAAAGGGCCCUUAAGGUGCCAAACAUCUGUCAAAAAACCUAAAUGUUCGAGAUGUACAAAAUUCACUUUACAGUCCGUGCUACCCACGGCAAAGUGUGUGUUCACUACAAUAUAUAUUUAUUAUAGAUUGUCAUCAAGCCAUUGUAAAGUGAACAGUUACAGUCAUUUAGGCAUAAUGCCUGAUUUGAAGGCACCUUAGAUAACAAUGUAUUAGGGCUUUGGCUGAUUUUCCAAAAUGUUCAAAAGUCUGUGAACUUGUGCAGAUGCUCUUUGGCCAUGCGAGUUGCUGUAACUUAUCCACGAGAAUCAAGCAUUUGACUUAUUUCAGAUUAGUGAAAGCCAUGCCAUACUGUAUACAACUUGUCUGCUCCUCUCAAAGAGCAUUAUUCGUACAAUAUCAAUGGGAAUAGGUAUGUUUGCAACCAUUACAGUUUUUAAAAUUGCACAUUGCUUAGCAGACGCUUGAUCCAGACAUGUUGUACAGAUAUGUUGUAAUGGUAAAGCAGUGCGCUUUAAGAUUAUUCUCCAUUGAUUACUGAUAGGUGACUCAGAUUAAUCUGUUCAAAAUGAAAAAAAAAAAAACUUACUUUUUAAUUUGUUUUGUUCCGACAAACAAUUGUAGCAGAUGGGGCUUUUGUGUAACGGCUGCAAGUGUAACUGAUUGACUGCGAGUAAGCAAAACGUACGUGCUGCUCAUCCUGAUGUGUUAGAGUAGGCCCAUGAUGAUGACGUGCCUUCAGGAGUUAGGCAGGGCGUACUUGAGCUCUCUUCCUUUACUGGUGGUUGAACAACCUUAAUCACCUCUAUGGAAGAGGACUUGAAAUCACGAGGUAUAUACUGUGUCGGAGGUCGGCGGAAAAUGCUUAGGUCAACACUUUAGAAUAGUGGGCAAUGUUACAUCGUUAUACGAUUCUCACAUCCUAUCAAACCACUCCUUCUGCAGCUGUGACUACUGUACAUGGUAUUUGUUUUCUUGUCGUUAAAUUGACGCUGACAAACUAAUAAUGCCGUUGCCCUUCAAGUAUUAAUUUUGUUCCAGUGAAACAGUGUGAUAUCCCCUGUUCUAAAGUGUCCACAUGAGCUAAACGGAAAACAAAACAAAAAAUACUGACAUAUUGCACCAAUGGAGACUGUACUUUUUCAUGGUGUGCAUGAGUGGAAAUAAUAGAGAGCUUUGCAGAGGGCAAGGAUACAGAUGUCUAUAAAUAAGGAAUGGGGUCAUUUGGGGUUAAUGAUCAAACAUGACUAAACGUAAUGUUACAGCAUGAGAUUGUGGCAGGCUAUAGGUAGUAGAGUACUGUAGAGCAUGUAUCCCAAGUAUUGUAAAGGCACAUGUGUUUUGUGUAAGUAGAUUGGUGUGUGUGUGUGUGUGUGUGUGUGUGUGUGUGUGUGUGUGUGUGUGUGUGUGUGUGUGUGUGUGUGUGUGUGUGUGUGUGUGUGUGUGUGUUACUAGCACAAUGGGACAGACUUGAGGAUAAUCUUUUCAGCUGAUGGUUGUUUUACCGGAUGGGGAGAAUGCUUUGGAUGUUUCUUUGGCACUUUACAGUGAGAUAACUCAACAGAAGAGUUUGACUAAUGAAAGCAUAUCAUGAUGACAUUUUGAAAUGAAUGUUAAACAUUUUUGCUCAGUUUCGUAGCAUAUUUCUAUUUAUUUAUCAUUGUCAUGUUUGUUAGAUUUAUCUUAACAUACACUAACAUCAUGUUAAAAUAGCAUUAGUAUAGUAUUAACAAAAAUGUUUACAGAUGAUUUCUUUACUCAUGGUACAUUCAAAAGCAUUUAUUCUUUUACAUACCCUGGACAUAGACUUACCUCAAUGUCUUAUGCUUAGCGCACCUUAUGGGCCAUAGUUUCUGCAGAAAGGGGUCUGAGGAAACUCCAAACAGGUCUCACUCACUACGUCCAACCCAAGCCAACACUAGUCCCGUUUUAAAUAGAUUAUAAGGACUUCAACUUACGCACUCACUCCAUCGAACCCAAGCCAACUCUAGUCCCGUUUUGAAGAGAUUACAAGUACUUCAGCUUGAACUGUAGUGAGUGCAGAAACUGUUUAGCGUUAGUUUUAUCCUCUCCCCAGUAUUACCAGCCAACACAUGAGGUUUCUCUCCACACCUCAUAUCACUCAUCCAGCACACCUAGUGUAAAAAUAAGGGAUUCAUUUCAGUAGUAGACUCAUGUGUAUUCACAGGGUGAUUGAUUCUUUGAUUCUUUGCAGACAGACUGAGUGUUGGAGGAUUCCCACAGAGUUCUCAGGCUGACUUUGAGAUAAAUGUAGGGUCUUAUAUAAUGCUGUUGCACGCACAAGUACUGGCAGUAUGGGUGGGGAGGGGCGUCAGGAACGCACCAGGGGUCUCACCUUAGCUGUUUGAAAACACAAUAGAAUGGACCUGGAUGAGUAGGUCUGCUGCAUCUGUUUCUAUACAGUAAAGAUUAUACUAUAGACUCCACAGCAACACUUACACAAAUCUUUCAAUCCGAACAAGAUCAAUAUGAAAAAUAUAUAAAAAGAUAUUUUUUCAUCCAAAUAACAAAUUAAUUAUGAACAAAGUUUAAUACAAUGCACUACUGUAAUUACGUCUUCACAUUGUGGUAUAUUUUUAAUGUAUGAGCAGAGUUAUAACUGAAUUCCAAAUAACUGGCCUUAGCAACAUGCACUUCGGGGCCUUGUGAGCAAUUGCUGUGAAUGGUAGCUGGCUGGAUGUAUCACAUGGUGUAUAAAAGCAGAAUGCACUAAUCCAAUAUUUGAUUGUGGAGUUGAUGAAUGAUCUGAAUGCUGUUUGGACUUACUGACACAAAAAUGAAACUUGUUUCACAUAUCACCGAUAUAACAAGGAAGAAAGAUGUAUGGUUUAGUGAAGGGGCCAAACUGGCGGUGUGUUGCAUAGUUAACUUAACCAUUUCGCUAUGGUGCAUUAUCAGUGCAGUGGAUUUUCACAGAAUGUUCAUUUCUGACAUUAUUUCACUUAGUAAGUGAAAUUGUAUAACUGAUAUAACUGUAUAACUGACGUAUCUAGGUUCUUUAGGGCUGUCCAAUCGUACCAUAACACAAAACAAAUCUGUAUCAACUACAAUUAUAAGGUUUGGUAUCCUGAUUAUGACUUGAAGUAUAAUAUGAACUUGCAUCAAAUUAUCAACUAAAUGGUAGAGUAUGUGGGCAACAGCCGUGUCCUCAUGAAACGUGUGUGUAUAUAUUCUAGACUUAAAAAUUAUGAACAGAGAUUUAAUCUGAAACAUUUGGAUUUUUCUUUGUGCAUUCCAUCCCCUUUGUAAUCCCACACUUUCAAAUCAAGCAGAAAUAGGCAGAAGAGAUGAUAAUAAAAAACGAUUUAUUUUAUUUUAUUUUUUUGUCCGAACCAUCCUCCAAGUCCCCAUCAUAUGUCUUGAUCAUGAAAGUGUUUACCAUGCAAAUGCUACCAUCUUAUCUCUGCAUGUGAUCUUCUUAGUUAUAAUCUUGAAUGUAUUUGUUUCAAAAUGGAAAUUAUAAAACAAUUUAAGAGCUAUAUUUGAACAAGCUAUAUUUGUCUUAAUGAUACAGAAGUAGCGUCUAUAUAUAUAUUUACUGGGCCAUGCUUCUGUCUGCCCCAAGGUGUUGUUAUUAAGAAUAUGCUGUGAUAGUUCCGUUUCCCGCUGCUGUACUAAUCUUAGUUCCGUUCCUCUGGAGUGCAAUACGUCACAUCUCUAUUUAAAAAAAAUCGAAAUGCAAAGCUAGCCUUUCUGCUAAUUUACUGUAAAAGGGAAACAUUCUGAUGAUCAUCAAUAAAAACGGUUGAAAUUCAACAAAGUGUCGGCUAUGGUGUUUUUUUUGUUUUGUUCACUUAAGUUAACUUAGCACACCGUUUACACAAAAGUUUUGGUUUUAAGUGAGAAAGCAAUUGGCAUUG